UGCGAUCGAACCGGGAAGGAGACCCUGUCCUUCUGCAGCCAUGGCGAGCGGAGCGGUAUGGUGAGAGCUCCCCCCAAUUUGGAGAAUGGUAUUGGCUACCUGGCUUAGGUCAGACGGGCGGCGGACUCUUCCAUUAUGGGUUGUGGGGGGGUUGUAACGUUUUAAGAUGACUUUUUCCUUGCAUAGCCGGCUUUCUACCGGAGCUGGGAAAGUGAAUCUCUCCCAUACAGGCGCCUUGCGUUGUGUUACAACUGCUUCCCCUGCCAUAAUUGAUGCGCACCCGGCGGGUUUGCUGACAAGGGUAGUAGCAAAAGUGCAAGGUGUGCAAAACACACGCACCAGCCGGUUUCGCGUGUGCAAGCCCUCUCGCCCCCGUCUCCUAGAAAGCCGAGCUCGGUGCAUGCUAAUCAGGAAAUAGAUGCACUUUCGGAGGCUGAUGGUGGGAUCCUGCGUGACGCUGGACUGCUGUAUGAACAGCACAACCUCUCUGGCGACAACCCAAGCCCAUUUCCAACAUGGCGUUUCAGAGGAUGGAGGGCAUGUCCAUUAUCCGGGCUUUGGCCAUGACCGUUGCGGAGAUCCCCGUCUUCCUUUACACCACGUUUGGACAGUCGGCCUUCUCUGCGUUGAGGGUCACCCCCGGUCUACGGAAAGUGCUCUUUGCCACGGCUCUCGGGACGGUGGCUUUGGCCUUGACGGCGCACCAGUUAAAGCGGCGGCGGCGACGGAAGAAACAGAUCGCUCCAGAGAAGUCCAGCGCCAAGCCUCUGGUGGCUCCAGUGCCCAUCUUGCCCACCUGCCGGGUUUCCUCCGUGAAGAAAGGUUAUUCCGGCCGUCGACUGCAAAGCCCCAGCAGCAAAAGCAAUGACACCCUCAGUGGGAUCUCCUCCCUGGAACCCAGCAAGCAUUCCAGCUCUUCGCACAGCCUGGCCUCCAUGGCAGUUGUGAAUUCUCCCAGCCCCACCCCUGCUGCUGCACCCCCCUGGGAAGCCCACAUGGGAGGAGAAGACCCUGGUGCUGCUGGAGACUGCAGUGCAGAAAACCUCUAUUUUCAAGGCAUGGAGCUGUUUGAAGAGGCCCUGCAGAAGUGGGAGCAGGCCCUGACCGCCCGUCAGAAGGACCCCUACAGCCUCUCUGCCUCUUGGGUUGUCCCCAAAGAGGAAGAGCUGCUGCCUGAAGAUCUCUGUGAGGAAUCUCAGAAAAAAGAAUUUGCAGACAAGCUGGAAUUGCUCCUGUACCGGGCGUAUAACCUGCAGGAGGAGUUUGGAUCCAGUCUGUCGGCUGAUAACAUGUUGCUCGAUUUAGAGCAAACUCUGAUGUUCCCGCUGACCGAAGAGUCUCUAAGGCGUCAACAAGAUGAUGAGGAAGAUAGUGUGACCUCUGAGGAAUCCUUUUUCUCUGCCGCGGAGAUCUUUGACUCCCUGGAAAUGGAGAAGACGCCAUACCAGCCUUCUAGGCCAGCGGUUGCCUAUCAGGAAGCAUUGCAGCUGGUGAAGGAUGGGUUGGUUUUAUGCAGGACCUUUCGUACAGAGCUUUUGGGGUGCUGCAGUGAUGAUGAUUUCCUGGCAAAGCUUCACUGCAUCAGACAAGCUUUUAAGGAGCUCUUGAUGGUGGACAACAACCAGACGUUUUUUGGGGAGGUGGGUAAACGGAUGGUGAUGGGGCUGAUGACCAAGGCUGAGAAGAACACAAAGGGUUUCCUUGAAAGCUACGGUGAGAUGCUGCACUACACACGGAGACAGGAGACUUGGCCAACUACGCAGAAGGAACUGGAAGGGCGAGGGGUGGUUUGCAUGAAUUUCUUCGAUGUCGCCUUGGAUUUCAUCCUCAUGGAUGCUUUCGAAGAUCUGGAGAACCCGCCGUCCUCAGUUGUGGCCAUCCUGCAUAACCGCUGGCUCUCGGACAGCUUCAAGGAGACGGCUCUCGCCACCGCUUGCUGGUCAGUUUUGAAGGCAAAGAGGCGGCUCCUGAUGGUUCCGGAUGGUUUUAUUUCUCAUUUUUACUCCGUAUCGGAGCACGUCAGCCCUGUCCUGGCUUUUGGCUUCCUGGGGCCCAAACAACAGCUUUUUGAAGUCUGCAGCUUUUUCAAACACCAGAUUUUGCAAUAUCUGAAAGACAUGUUUGACCUGGACAUUGUAAGGUAUACAACAGUGAACUUAUUAGCCGAAGACAUCCUUCAGCUCUCACGCCGCCGCAGUGACAUCCUGCUCAGCUACUUGGGAGUGGAGACCAUUCCAGAGAUCAAUGGGACUCUGCAAAAUGAUGAUGUUUCCUCCAGUAGCUUCAACUAAACCUCCUUGUUCAGACAAGACAGUUUGGAGCUUAUGAAUGGGUUUGUUUUCUCCUUUUUUGAGAGGAGACUGGCUUCUGUAGUUCGGAGGCUGAAGAUGGACGGCAGCAAAACAUUCUCUAUUUGAAUUGUCUAACUUAAAAGCAAUUUUGAAUGGCGGUUCUCCACCUUGGCAACUUUUAAGAGAGGUGGGCUUCAACUCCCAGAAUUCUUCAGAAUUCCCCAGCCAGAACAGAGAGUUCUGGGAUUUGGUCCACCCAUCUUAAAAUCACCAUGAUUGAAAAACACCGAUUUAAAGGCUGUUUAACAGCCCCAGAUGUGUCCAGCGUUAUCCAGGCGGGAAGGUUUUGCCAGUCAGCCAUGCCUGUUUCUAGUUAUUUAAUACUUGCAUAAAUUGUGGCUGAGCCCCUGUCUAAUAUUCCUGUUGUGAGAUUGGUGCACAAGGACACUUUAUUCCCUGUGAAAUUUGAAAAGAAAGACAAGUGGGGGAGACCUGUAGGGACCUUUUGCUCCUUUGAUUUGGAAAAUUCUGAUUUAAUUUUUUUUUAACUGAAUUUAUUUUAUUGUUGUCUAUAUCGGCAUUCUUCAACCUUGGCCACUUGAAGAUGGGUGGACUUCAACUCCCAGAAUUCCCCAGCUAGCAUUGCUCUAAGAUGUCUAGACUUCAACUUCUGGAAUGCUCUAAUCAGCAUGCUGGCUGGAGCAUUCUGGGAACUGAAGUCCACCUAUCUUCAAGUGAAAAACACUGGUCUGUAUGUACAGACAAACUUUUAAUAACCUUUCUUUAAAGAUUCUCGCAUGUAUGAUGGUCUCAGAUGGAAGACCCUCUGUGAAGGAGAUGGAUGAGGAAGGAACGAAGGAAGGGAAGGGAAAGGAAAGGAAAGUAAAGUAAAGGAAAGGAAAGGA